UAUCUGUCACGUGGCGCAGUGACAUUUUGUGGUUUGUGAUCCAGAACAAAAUUCUUUGUUUUUUUCGUGAAGUUCCAGAGAAAUCUAAAAAAUAUUUGAGUUCUUCGAUUAUCUGAAAAGGUCAAAAGCGACAAUCAGCAAUGACCGACGAAACCAACGGAGAAGGCACCUUCGAAUUCGUGGAGAAAAAGGUCGACGAAAUUUCCAUUUCUGGCGAAACUGGAAAAACUGAUUCUUUAAGCAGUUUAUCAUCUUCUGCUUCUCCCCUAACUGGCUCUGCUUCUCUAUCGACUGGCAGCCUCCUCUCAAGUAUCGCUCCACCAUCAGCCCUUCCAAGUUUCGUCACAAGUCCUUCAUCUCAGCCUCCUUCUUCAAACAUAUCGCCACAGGAAAAUUUAUAUCCGAAUCUGAAAAAGGAUGAGGAUUUUAUUGAAAGGAAAGCAAACACUGAAAAAGAAAUGAAUAAGCAGUCGCAACAGCAAGAUAAGCUUCAUCCUCCUUCAACUUCUUCUGAACAACCAAUAGUAAAUAUUUCAUUAACUGAUAAUGAAGCCUCUGAUUCUGGAGUCCUCGGGGCUGGUUUAUUCUCCUGGGUGAAAGAAACUGUGGCAAACAACAGUGUCCUGAGCAAAGUUGCAGAAAAGGCCAAAAACAGUGUCAAUUCCAUGAUCACGACUUUGGAUCCGCAAAUGCGCGAAUUCAUUUAUUCUGGUGGCGAUGUGGAAAUUUUCGUCGCAUCGGACAAGGAUGUGAAAGUCAGCGCAAUUCGUGAAGCCUUUCAAAAUGUUUUUGGAAAAGCGACAGUAACAGGUGUACCUGUGAACGUGACAACUUUUGCACCUCAACCAGUUGGUUUUCGUGCAGCUUUAACGUGUGCUGAAGAGAGGAUAAGUUUAGCACGUCAAAAUCCCACUCUAACGCCAGAAGCGACAAUUGUCGCCGUAGAAAAUUUUUUGCUUAAGAUUGAUGGCAACAAAUGGUACGAUUUGGGUGUAGUUCUAUUGAACGAUCCAAAAAACAACGUGAGUUUACAAACUUUUACGCAAAUGACACCUGUACCGAGUCAGAUUGUUACUUUGGCAGAGCAAGCCACACCUGAAAAUUAUCCAUUCAAAUCGUCCGGAUUGGCAGUGACAAUCGGUAAUUUAAUGGCAAACAAUUUACAGGUUUCGCAUAACGAGUGGCAUAACGCAUUAACAAGCGUAUCAAGAAAAGACGUAAUUCUUCUAGCUGCGAAAUCGCUCGCUGGCAUUUAUAAAAACACAAUAAACCCUGUAUAAUCGUCUAUAUGAACUAAGUUCAACAUUUUUAAUAUACAACCUUUAAUUGUAAAUAUCAAAGUCGUGGUAAUUUAAUUCAAAUCUGAAGAAAUGUAAACAUUUUAUAUACAUGUAUUAUUUACGUUUAUAGCGAUAAUUUUCUUUUAAAAAUGAAAAUAUCUGUUGAUCUGUAUAAUUAUUACAAAAAAAAUUAGUAUUAAUUCCACUGUCAACUAAUGGCAAUAAACAAUUUGUAAGUACACAUAA